AUGAACGUAGUCUGUAACGUGCUAGACAACUUCCUCUUCCUUGGAAGCGCAGAGUCUCUUAAAAAACGGAAUGUUUUGAUGGAGAAGUCAAUAUCACUUGUUAUCAACGCCACUGUCGACGUCCCUCAUGCUACUGUUGACUCAUCUCAACUGCAGGAAGUUGAGUUCUUGAGAAUUCCAGUGACAGACAAACCUGAUAGCUUACUCAGCUCACAUUUUGACACUGUUUCCGACAAAAUAGAAGAAGCAAGGUUAUCAGGAAAGAAUGUACUGGUUCAUUGUCGUGCAGGCAUAAGCAGAUCAUCGACUCUAGUUCUCGCCUAUCUGAUGAAACACAAGGAAAUGACAUUAUUAGAUGCGUACAGACAUGUAAAAUCAAGACGGCCGUUUGCUCAACCAAAGCCCAACUUUUGGCAACAGCUGAUGGACUUUGAAAAAGAGCUGUUUGGAAAGAACUCAGUCACAAUGGAAAAAUUUACUAGAGAAUUAACAUGGGAAUUUCUUAAAAAACACAGUGAAGCACAGACAGUCUGA